AAAACCUUCACAUUUUCUUCUAAAUUCAUUUGUUUUUUUUGUUCUUUCCAUUGAUGCAAAAAUCAAAUUCUCUGGAUCUUUAAAAGUAUUUCGAAUCUUGGUUUGGUUCUUCUCGUCGCAAAGUUCCAACUUUCCAUUAAAAGGAUUGACCUUUUGGCCUUCAAUGGUUGUGGCUAUGCUUCAAGAAGACAAUGGAACAUCCUCUGUAGCUUCAUCACCACUCCAAGUCUUCUCAACCAUGUCACUCACAAGACCAGCUCUCCUCUCUUCUCCCUCAUCACCCUUCAAAGACCUCAAACCAGAGGAGCGCGGUCUCUACUUGAUCCACCUCCUGCUAACCUGCGCCAACCACGUGGCCUCAGGCAGCCUCCAAAACGCAAACGCAGCGCUCGAGCAGCUCUCUCUCCUCUCUUCCCCUGACGGCGACACGAUGCAGCGAGUCGCAGCUUACUUCACCGAAGCGCUAGCUAACAGAAUCCUCAAGUCUUGGCCUGGUCUCUACAAGGCGCUCAACGCAACUCAGAGAAAGACCAGCAACGUCUCCGAGGAGGUUCAUGUCAGGAGAUUGUUCUUUGAUAUGUUCCCUAUACUCAAAGUGUCUUACCUGCUCACUAACCGAGCUAUACUCGAGGCUAUGGAAGGAGAGAAGAUGGUUCAUGUGAUUGAUCUCGAUGCUUGUGAGCCUGCUCAGUGGCUUGCUUUGAUUCAAGAUUUUAACUCUAGGCCUGAAGGUCCACCGCAUUUGAGGAUCACUUGUGUUCAUCGCCACAAGGAAGUGCUUGAUCAAAUGGCUCAUAGACUCACUGAGGAAGCGGAGAAGCUCGACAUCCCGUUUCAGUUUAAUCCCGUUGUGAGUAGUUUAGAGUCUUUAAACGUAGACCAGCUGCGUGUUAAGACAGGAGAGGCCUUAGCCGUCAGCUCGGUUCUUCAGUUGCAUAACUUCUUGGCCUCUGAUGAUGAUAUCUUGAGAAAGAAUGGAUGCAGCCUAAGAGGCGACUCAGCUUCAUCUUUGCCUCUACCUAGCUCAGGGAUUGAUAGAUUCCUCAAUGCAAUGUGGAGUUUGUCUCCAAAGAUCAUGGUGGUCACUGAGCAAGACUCAGACCACAACGGGUCUACACUGAUGGAGAGGCUAUUAGAAUCACUCUACACCUACGCAGCGUUGUUUGAUUGCUUGGAAGCAAAAGUUCCAAGGACUUGGCAAGAUAGGAUCAAAGUGGAGAAGAUGUUUUUCGGGGAAGAGAUCAAGAACAUCAUAGCGUGCGAGGGAUCUGAGAGAAAGGAAAGACAUGAGAAGCUUGAGAAAUGGAGCCAGAGGAUUGAUUUGGCUGGUUUUGGGAAUGUUCCUCUUAGCUAUUUUGCGAUGUUGCAAGCUAGGAGGUUGCUUCAAGGGUAUGGUUUUGAUGGGUAUAUGAUCAAAGAAGAGAGUGGGUGUGCUGUGAUUUGCUGGCAAGAUAGACCUCUAUAUUCUGUAUCAGCUUGGAGAUGCAGGAAGUGAAAGAAGAUGAAUGAUAUAUAAACACAUGUGUGUUCUCUUUUGUUAAAGAGCAGAGACUCCUUUUCUUUUGUUAUACAUAGGGACACAAUCUUAAUUGUUUCAUGAUGUGACUGUCUCUAUUUCUUAUUUUGGCCAGUGUUUCUAACUGCCUCUGCAUAUAUGCCUUUUGAGCUGAUGAUAACUACAUGUAUGUUCUAUUCAUGUUCUUCAAUAGUUUCCUCUACAAGACUA